CGUGCCUGAAAUCGCAACCGCAGAACAAACAAAAAAAAAAAAAACAGUGACUGGAACGGAAGAAGAAGCAGCAGCGAAAUAAUCAACAAAGGCGGCAAACAUGGCGACUGAAAUGGACGAGCUCAUCGAGAAGCUAAAGACGACCAGUGUUAGUCCGGCGAACACGACGACCCUCCUCUGCGAGAUCUCGGCCACUAAGGAUCCCAAACUAUUUGACAAGCACGAGCUGGCGGACUGCUUCCUGGGACUCACAAAGUGCGAAGAUACAAAUGUGCGCAAGGAGGCGGCUAAGUGCAUUGCUGAGAUCACUAAAUCAGAGGUGCAGCGCAAGAAGUUCACCAAGAAGGACAUAAUAGCCGCCUUUCUCGAGUGUCUGCGUCAUGUGCCGACGACCGAUGGCAGCAUGGAGUUGCCCAUACAGAUAUGCCGGGCUCUGGGGAACAUUUGCUACUUGAACGACGAAGCCAGAGAUCUUAUUCUGGAGCUGGAGGGCGAUGCGGUUCUGCUGCGUCUGCUGGAUAUCGCCACCAUCGAGGAUGUUACCAAUGCGGCUCAGUUUAUCAAAGUGCGGGGUGGCCUGCUGUCAAACUAUUUGCUUGGCGGCGAGGGCCUGGCCAAGAGGGCCAUGGAGCUGGGCGUGAUGAAGAAGAUACAGGGCAUAAUCGAAACUGGUGCCACCAAUGUGGAACAGCACGAGGAUUUGCUGCUUAACACACUUCCACUGCUUAGUAUACUCACUGAGAACGUGGCGGAUCUGAACUUUGAAUCUUCCCUGAAUAUCCAGCUUUCGCGUAUCCUAGCUGCUUCCACGAAUCCCGAUCUGGCUGAGAUGUGCCUGGAACUUCUCCAUUACCAGGCGGAGAGCGACGAGGUUAAGCUGAUUCUGGCCAAGGACGGUCUUUGUGAAACCAUAUACAACCUGCUGGAGAAGUACAAGACUCUGGCCAGCACAAGUGAGGCUAGGGCGCUGAUGAAGCUCGCCUGCGAACUUAUCGUAUUAAUCCUGACUGGAGAUGAAUCAAUGAACUAUCUGUACACCACACCGCUGCUGAAGAACAUGGUCGACUGGCUGGACUCGUCGGACAUUGAUCUGCUUACCACUGGUGUGCUGGCCCUGGGCAACUUUGCGCGCACCGAUAGCCACUGCAUCUACUUUGUGGAGCAACAGACCAUGAACAAGCUGCUCGAGGUGUUGGCCAAGAACAACGGCGUCAAGGACGAUGUGCGUCUGCAACAUGCUUUACUCUCUGCGCUGCGCAACUUGGUCAUCCCGAAGCCAAACAAGAACGCGGUGAUCCAGGCAGGCCUGGUGCAAACCAUUCUGCCGAUGCUGGAAAUCCAUCAGCCACCAGUUGUCUUUAAACUGCUGGGCACGCUUCGCAUGACGGUCGAUGGACAGGAAAAACUUGCUUUGGAGCUACUUAAGAAUAAGGCGUUGAUCGAGCAGCUGGUGCACUGGAGCAAAUCUUCAGACUAUGCGGGUGUCACCGGGGAGUCCCUGCGUCUCAUGGCCUGGCUAAUCAAGCACGCCUACCUCAGCAAGAUCGCUUAUGCACUGCCGCGCAAGGGCGAUGCCCCCGCCGAACAAAUUGCUGACCGGAUUCCUCUCACUCAGGACUACGAUCGCAGCAGCUUAACCGAAUUUCUCGCCAACGAGGGAACCGUAGAGGCCAUGGUCAGCAUGUUAACGGCCCAGCAUCUGGUGAUGCAAAACGAAGCGCUGAUUGCCCUCUGCAUACUGUCCGUGGUUUACUUGUCGCAGGCGAGUGAGGCAGGGCAGGCGCAACGACUGCAGGAUGAGCUGGUUAAAUGCGAGGUGGGAAAAAAGCUGGCUGAGCUCAUCAGCAAGUCGUCGGACACCAUGACAAAGGAGAUCGUCGAGAACCUACAGAACUGCGUCAACCUGCUGAAGUCUUCCGAACAGCUGGUGGUGCAUCUGGAGCAGCACAACAUUAACGAGCUGUUGAAGUCUAUACCCAUUCUCACCGAAUACUGCACCUUGUAAGGGAAUCGGGGGCGUGGCAUUGCAUUUAACCCAGCACCGCAGGAUGCCUCACAGUUGGAUGGGUCGAUUUGUAUGGUUGCAAGAAAACAUGAAGAGUUUAGGGGCGAACAUGUAUCUUUGGACAAUGCUUUGCUGUUUUCAGAAAGAUACUGCGAGUCGACAACGGCUUUAUUAUAUUUACCAAUUUUUAUUCACAAUGUUCGUAGGUCACUAGAAAAUAUUUAUUGAAUUGUAAAAAUACCAACACUUCAGAGAUUCAAAACCAAUGUUGUAUUAGCCAAAGUUGCCAAAGAUAACUUGUUGCUCCUGUAACUCGAUGUUUUUAAAGAAUCAGCCCACCCUUAUCCAUACACAAACACACUCUAAACCGGAGAAAAUAGUAGUUUUCACCAUAGAGCAUAGAGCAACGAUUCAGAUGUAGACUUGACUGUAGAUUGCUAAGACGGAUGUUCGGAUGCAAAACAUAAGCACAUUUAACACUCGAACACGAGAAGAGCGGAAUGUAUUUUUUAGACGCAAGCGUAUUUUGAUUGCAUUUAUGAGGAAAGCCCGACCAAGCGGAGGGAGGAAAACAAAUCGUAUAAAUAUUUAUAAUAUACAUAACAUAUACGUAUAAAUAAAUUAUAUUAAUAAUUUAGCAUUAUAAUCUUUUCUGUUACAUGAUUUUUAAGAGCACAAUAACAACAAAUCGUGGUGAUAUCGCUAAAUAUAUUUAAUAAAUGUAUUUUAUGUAUUGUACUUAUAAUUUUUAAUUGACCCUUUUAAACCGUUGUUGGCACACACCAAAAAACGAAACGAUAAACGAAAAUCAUUUAAGCGCACAAUGUAAUUUAGGUAUUUUAAUUGAUGCACAGACACGCAUUGCAAACACCAUCUAUUUAUUGUAAAACUCAGCGAAGUUAUCCAAUGCAUUUUUAAGCUAACUUUUAAACAUUAACAAAACUGCAACUCAGUAACAAUCAGCAAUCCGAAAAUAGUUGAAACUCAAUAUUGAAAAUAUGCAAAUUUUACAAACCGUAGUCAUAGAGUGCUACAAAUUUUACCAAUUAUUAAAUACGAUGUACUGUUUGGUCACCAAAAACUAUAAAUUAAAUGAGCACAAUUCAAGAGAAAUGGUGUUAAUAUAUAUAAAGCGUUGAAACACCCACAUACACACGUACACCGGAAAAAAUUAUUUAUACAUUCUAAACACAAUAAUGUACAUUUAAUAAUUCAAAUAAAAUUUGAACUGCAUGAGAAAUAAGAGAAAACCAA